AUGUUUCCACAUCCCGAGAUGCACUCGUUUCCUUCGAAUAUCCAACAAAAUCAUACAUGGAAAGAUGUCGGCCUUCCGCUCCGGGUUAUCUCAUGUGAAGCCCUCGUUAAAGACAACAAGAUCGAGUGGGUUAAGCCUACGAGUUGGGACUUCGUUAUCAUUUCGCAUCGCUGGCUGGAGAACGUCGCGUGGAAAGCGGAUCACAUCCGCCCGUACCCUGCCGCCGGAGGAAUCAUGGUCCAGGCUGUCCGAAGGGAAUCCCUCAGGGUUUUGGCUCGGCUUUGUCAACGCCUUAAGUGGGACUACUUCUGGAUCGACUGCAUAUGCAUCGACCAGAAAUCUCAAUUGGAAAAGGCUCGGGAAAUCGUGAACAUGGCCAACUACUACAAGUUGGCUGCCAAGACUUUGAUUUUUCCGUUCGGAGUCGACAAGGUUGGACCCCCUCUGGAUCGAGAAGGAGAAGCGCCAGUCUGGCACAGCCGUGCCUGGACUCUGCAGGAAGAGGCAAUGUCAGGAGACAGAGCUCACUUUGUCUUGUGCUUACCUGGCACGAUCUCUCAAGACCAGACCGAAGAUAUCAACCCGAUCAUGUCCUGUCAUCAAACUAAUGAUGACAAGGAUUUUUUACAAAGUUUCGCGAACUUUGUGCCUGUCGAAUCCGGCGAUAAAAGGACCCAAGACAAGGCAUAUCUCUAUCUUGUCAAGAAAGAAAAGAUGACGAAUUGGCGCAAUUCUUACCUUGAAUAUUUGGAUGUGAACGUUCAGGAGAAAGCAAGGGAGACCAUCCACUUACUGAAACCCCUGCAGGUUUGGACUCUCUGGUCGGCACUCCGAGAGAUGUUUAGACGCGACGCGAGUAACCCCGAGGACCGGCUUUAUAGUCUUUUAGGGUUUAUCGGUGUCACAUUAGAGCCAAACGAGAUCCAGUACGGUAUUGGCCUUCGAGCUGCUCUUCGCAAGUUCAUUAGAGCUCUCCAUUUUGACCAAAGACUUUUGGUCACCGUGGUUGAAGCUUACCAUGGCAAUUUCAUCGACGGCUACGGAACCCUCCCAGAUUUCGGGGACAAAAUCACAUCUCGACCUGCACCUCUCCUGACACACAUACGCACUCUUGGGACUGCAGACUUCCUCGGGCAUGAAGGCAUGCAGAUUACCGCUCCGUCAAUCACAGUAGACCUUGAGAUGAGGGACAUCUUGGAAGAACAGGGGGACAUCUUGGAAGAACAGGAGCAGGGUACCAUGACUAACGGCAAAAAGGGUCCAAGACGGGUCCAGUAUGGCUUCAUUCAACUGGUCAAUGCAGCCCAGCGCAAGUCCAGCACAGGCGAUGCCUGGAUCCAGCCUGGUCAUCCAUCUCUUGAUGUCACUUUAAUCGCGGUUACAGAAAUCCAUCCCAUGCAUGGACGAUGUCGAGACAUCAAGUAG